CAGUUAGACAUUUUCCCUGAAAACACCAGUGCAACUACGUUGCUAGGGGGCUCUCCAUCAAGGACAAUCAACAGAGGGAAGUUGGGGAGGAGGCACAGGGUAGGGAGGCUUUGAAUGCCUCUUGCCUCUUACUGCUGAAUAGUCGGAAGGGAUCAAUGCUGUUGCAGGUCCUCUCUUCCUGGAAACCUCAUCAUUAUUCCACCAGCCUGCCGCUGUAGCUUGGACUAUGAAUAGUCAAUAACAAAUGAACAGGCAGGAAAUGAAGUGCCAGACGAGUGGGCUUGACGCACACAGGGAGGCGUGUGUGCCAUGAACGCUAUGCGUGUGCCUCAGGUGCAUAAGUGCUGCUGUUGCUCCCGCUCCACCUCUCCGUCUCUGUGAACUCCAGCUCUUCAAACAGUCCAAGGAUUAUUUCUACCUUCACUUAUCCCAGUGGACGGCGAUUAUCCCAGUGGAUGGCGAGUGGCUCUGAACUCUGUGGGAAAGUGGCUUUUCCUUUCUGCAGAAGUUGAAUGGGAUUGAUUUAGUCCUUCAGUGGUCUCAGCAGCCCUGUGUGACGCCCUCUGUGAGUGGUGGUGGGCACAGAGUGUCCUCAGGGAGGAUGUUUCUCUGGACAGGAAGUAAAGGAGCUCAGGGAUCAGGAGGUGAGAGAAGGACUAUUUAUCAGAAGGUUCGGGAGUAUGACGUGCUAGACAAGAGGAAGACAGUGACAGCACUGAAGGCUGGGGAGGACAGAGCUAUUCUCCUCGGACUCAGCAUGAUCCUUUUCUCUGUGAUGAUGUACUUUGUGCUGGGCAUCACCAUGGUGCGCUCCUACUCAGACAGUGUGUGGACGGAGGAAUCCAGCUGCACUGUGCUCAACUCUACCAUCAUGGCGGAGAUUAACUGUACCUACAGCUGCGGCUCCGAGUGUAGGAAAAGCUCCAAGUACCCGUGCCUACAGGUGUUUGUCAGUCUCAACACAUCUGGGAAGGUUGUCCGACUCUCCCACAACGAGGAGGCACAGGACACCAACCCAAAGUGCUUCUAUGUGCCCAAAUGUCGGAAGGACUACAACGCGAUGCACACCGUAAUCAUGAACAUCUCGGAGCGUCUGAAAACACAGCAGCAGGUGUUGUGUUACACGGACCCAGGUGAACAGCAGGACAGUGCUCUACUAACACGCAUCUAUGGCCGAGUGGCAGUGUUCCAUUCACUCUUCUGGCCCACCUGCACCCUCAUUGGUGGAACCAUCAUCAUCGCCAUGGUGAAGCUCACCCAGUACCUGUCCAUCAUGUGUGAACAGGUGGGCAGGAUCAAAAGGUGAGCGACAGGGCACAUAGGACAGGGGCCAGACCACAGUAGCAGCACAACAUUGGUCUUCAUUCACUCCCUAGGAACCUUACGGAAACUCUUUAUGUUCCAUUUGCGCUGAGAGCUGAGAGCUGAGUGAUAGAGUGACAGGGGAUCUGGGGGGUUAUAUUCCUCACAUGAUUCCUCUGGUUCUUCUGAGGAAAGCAAUAUGACUGAUGUGUGCUCCCGGCAGCUGUGGCAAGGCAAGUGAAACUCAAUGACUUUGGGGCACACAGAUUUUGUCCUGGAAUCCCUUUUAUGCACCUCUACAAGUGGGACAAUCAUACGAGGUGAUUGCUUUAAAGAAGCCCAACAAUGGACCUGAUCUGCCCUUGAACCCAAGUCAGCUUUGGUGAUCCAUUCACACCGUGACGACAAGGCAGUGACGACAAGGGAGUUUGACCAAGACAACUGUGUCGAAGCCUUCCCCAAAAUACAUCCAAACUUGGCUCCUCAUGGUACUGGUGUUGGGUAGAGUGUUACACAACUCCAGGCGGCUGGGACGAGUCCAGUCCCCUGAGCAAGCUGUUGACUAUCUAUGUUGUACUCCUGGAUCUGUAGAGACUUCAUUCCAAGCUAACAGUUCAAGAUCAACACUUUCUUGAAGUAUGGUGUAGCAGUAAUCACAUAUCACAAUAGGUGUUAGUCACUAGGACGCUUAAGUACAAUGCAACUUCCCAGGGCAAGUGGUCAAUACAAAAUGCCUUAAUUUCAGGUCCCAACACUGUGGUAGAUUGCUCAGAGUUUCAGAAAUGAAUUCUACAGGACUUUCUCUGAGAGGGGUAAACAUACUGUGAGGCCAACUACGUUUUCAGGGCAUGGAGCACAAACCCAUAAUGGACGUGAGUCAUGGUGUGUUUUACCACAAAUAUUUACAGAAUGAUGAUUGAUUGAACACAUUCAGCCCAAACUAGAUAAAAAUGCCAAUAUUUCAUUCUUGGUUCCAUAAUCACUAUUAUUAGGUUGUUAUUAUUUUGCUGUCACAAUCAUCUCAUGUUGUCAUCAGCAGUUUAUCCAUGUCUAUAAUGUGCUACACUAUUGACUGUUUGACUUGCUUUCUUAUCAAUUAAUGCAAACCAAUGUAAAUGCAAUUUUGUCUUGCAUUCAUAAAUUAAAAGGCAAACUCAGCAAUUACAGUA